CUCCAGCCACCCCGGGCGUCCCGGCAGGGGGCAGCGCCCCCGCGUGCCCGCUGCUCCUGGCCGACAAGAGCCCGCCGGGCCUGAAGGGCAAAGAGCCUGUGGUGUACCCCUGGAUGAAGAAGAUCCAUGUCAGCGCCGUCAACCCCAGUUAUAACGGAGGGGAGCCCAAGCGCUCUCGAACCGCAUACACCCGACAGCAGGUCUUGGAGCUGGAGAAGGAGUUCCACUUUAACCGCUACCUGACCCGGCGGCGCCGCAUCGAGAUCGCCCACACGCUCUGCUUGUCCGAGCGCCAGGUCAAGAUCUGGUUUCAGAACCGGAGGAUGAAGUGGAAGAAAGAUCACAAAUUGCCCAACACUAAGAUGCGAUCCUCCAACUCGGCCUCGGCCUCAGCAGGCCCCCCAGGGAAAGCACAAACUCAGAGCCCGCACCUGCAUCCCCACCCCCACCAGGGUGCCUCCACACCCAUUCCCUCCUCCAUAUAAUCUUCUAGAGAUCUAGACCAGUUUCAUUCCCCCACCUGCUUUCCCUCCUUCUUCUGCCCUUUUCCCCAUACUCCUACCUGUCUGGACCAUAACAGACCCCAAAACAAAACCCAACUUGGUGAAAAGGAUAAUAAAAAAGAAGACAUUAUCCCGGUAAGAGUGUGUGCUGGUUGCCACCAAAGAGAGGACAAUAGCCAGGAUGCUGGCUGAUGGAACAACCUGCUGGCCUGAAUAAGGCUGCCAGGUUUGGGUACCUGAGAAGGACCACUUGGCAACAAAUACUUUUGAGAUGGCUAAAGUCAGCUGGACAGCCUAUGCUGACUGGGGACAUAUACAUGUAUAUUUGUUGCAAGCAGAAGAAAACAGACCCUUUUCCCACCUUCCCUACCUCCCCCUUCCACAUUAAGGCAGCUCAUACAAGCUUGUAUUGAACUGAAUAAAUGAGUAGACAUUGUGGACCUCACAAGAUUAUUUAAUUCUCAAAAUGUAUAGACCUUGAUGGUAGAUGUGACACAUGUUAGUUUCCUUUCUUUGCAUUUAUUUAAAAUAUUGUUGUAGAGUUGUUGUUGUCUUAUUCUGAGGCACAAUCUCGGGGGAGAGGGGAGUGCAUUUAGACCCAUGUGCAACUGUACAAAUUGUGGUGUGGCUAUAUAAAAAAGCCAUGUGCUAAGAAUAAAUUCUGUUUAAAAAACCAUUAAAGUUCUAAGACACA